AUGUCUGUAUCUGCAUUUUCUAGCAUGUCUCUGUUUAUUUUGAGAUGGACUCUGCUUUUUGCAUUAAUGGUUGGAGCUGUCUACACCUGUAUGCUGAUGAAUCACACCAUAUGGAUUGAGAAGGAAAACUGUACCCAGUGUGUGGCAGUCAACACAACCAUAUGCAGUGGCUACUGCUACACGAGAGAUACCAAUCUGAAGGGCAGAUUUGGCAGGGCUUUCCUGAUUCAGCGGAGCUGUGUGCCCAUCUCCCUUGUGUACCGGGCUGUUUUCAUUCCUGGCUGUCCUCAGGAUGUCAGCUCACAGUUGUAUUAUCCCGCGGCCCGCUGCUGCAGCUGCAGGCGCUGUGACACGCGCACGCACCACUGUGUCAAACCGAGACCGUACUCUUACGAUCAGUGCUCUGUGGAACUUGGUGGUAUGGAGAAACAGAAUCUGAAAUGUUUUGGAAACCUGACAACAUGCUCGUAA